UUUGAAGUAAUUUGCGGGCAUCAGGGAGCCGCUAUCAAUAUGCGGGAGACUCCCGGACUAUCUUAGUGGAUGCCUGGCUUGCCAUACAUUCUAUUUAAGUUAUGAUUAAAAAUCGCUUUCACACGGGGAGAACCUCUGAAGUAAAAGCGAAAGUAAAUAGUCUGACUCCGUGACGCGUCUGUAACUUUAUUGUUUUGUAUCGAGGGCACACUGUUUGUAGCCUAAGAGAGACUCUCCCACUGCUGCUAGGAUGAGUGUCUCUCAGGAGAGAGAGGAGGCUGCAGGUCCCAGUAAAACACCCAGACCAGAGUCUGCAGCACACAGCUGUGUGCAACAAAGCAGCAAAGCAACACACUCUGAUGGAGGCCCACAGACACAGAGACCUCCAUCUCCAGUGCCCAGCUGUGUGUCCAUGAAGAGUGAUCGGUCCAAGGGUGAUAUGCCCAACUUCAGCAGUGAACCAGUUCCAUCAGGUCUAGACCCACAGACACACAGACCUCCAUCUCCAGUACCCAGCUGUGUGUCCAUGAAGAGUGAUCGGUCCAUGGGUGAUCCUCCCCUCUUCAGCAGUGAAACUGUUCCAUCAGGUCUAGAGUUAAGGGUUGAUCUGACCCAGGCUCUAGGACCCAGGAGACACCAGCACACUGGACAUACACCAGGCAGAAAGAGGGAACUAGAUGAGGACCUGAGGAGAGUUAUAAAGAAUCACAAAGCCAGUCUGAAGAGGAGGUUUGAGAACAUCUCUGAAGGCAUCAUCAAACCAGGAGCUGAGAUACUCCUCAAUAAGAUCUACACAGAGCUCUACAUAACAGGAGGAGAGAGUGAAGGGGUGAAUAAGGAACAUGAGGUUUGGCAGGUAGAGUCAGCGUCCAGAUCUCAAUCCACAGAAGAUAUACCAAUCAACUGCAACGACAUCUUCAAGCCCUUACCUGGACAGGAGAAGCACAUCAGAACUGUGAUGACCAAAGGUGUUGCUGGUAUUGGAAAAACUGUCUCAGUUCAGAAGUUCAUUCUCGAUUGGACAGAUGGGGUAGCCAAUCAGGAUGUAGAUUUUAUGUUUCCCCUUCCUUUCCGUGAGCUGAAUUUGGUCAAGGGUGAUCAGUAUAGUCUUCACAGGCUCCUGCUUGACUUCCACCCUGAGUUGAAGGAGCUGAAUGAUGAAGGAUAUAAAGACUGUCAGGUUGUGUUCAUCUUUGAUGGUUUGGAUGAGAGUCGGUUGACUCUGGACCUAGAGCAGUACAGUACGUUGUCUGAUGUGAAACAAACAUCAUCAGUGGAUGUUCUGAUAACGAGCCUCAUUCAGGGAACUCUGCUUCCCUCUGCACUCAUCUGGAUAACCUCAAGACCAGCUGCAGCCAGUCAGAUUCCUGAUCAGUUCAUCAACCAGGUAACAGAAGUACGAGGAUUCAAUGAUCCACAGAAGGAAGAGUACUUCAGGAAGAGAAUCAGAGAUGAGAGUCAGGCCAACAAAAUCAUCUCACACAUUCAGACAUCCAGGAGUCUCCACAUUAUGUGCCACAUUCCAGUCUUUUGUUGGAUUGCAGCUACUGUACUUCAGCAGAUGCUGGAAAGGAAAAACAUCAAAGACAUUCCCAAAACGCUGACUGAGAUGUUCAUACACUUCUUGCUAAUCCAAACCACAAGAAAGGAUCAGAAGUAUCAGAGUGUAUCAGAAACAGAUGCAAAGAAACUUCUGGAAUCUCAGAGGAUCAUUUUACUGAAGCUGGCAGAACUGGCUUUCAAGAAUCUAGAGAAUGGCAACCUCAUGUUUUAUGAGGAAGACCUGAGAGAGUGUGGUAUUGAUGUCAAUGAAGCUUCAGUGUACUCUGGCAUGUGCACUGAGAUCUUCAAGACAGAAACUGUGGAAUCUCAAAAGAAGAAGGUCUACUGCUUUGUGCAUCUGAGUGUCCAGGAGUUUCUGGCAGCUGUGUUUGUGUUUCACUCGUAUUUGGCUAAGAACUUUGAGGCAUUGAAAUGCUUCCUCGAAAACUUACAUGUUUUACUGAAGAGUGCAGUUGAUAAGGCUUUGGAGAGCCAGAACGGACACCUGGAUCUCUUCCUUCGCUUCCUUAUGGGCAUUUCUGUGGAGAGAAAUCACACACUUCUGCAAGGUCUACUGAGCAACACACACAACAGUUCUUAUAGUAUCAAGGAAACAUGUCAGUACAUGAAGAAGCUCAACAGAGAAGGUCUCUCUCCUGAACGAUGCAUCAAUCUUUUCCACUGCUUAUUUGAAAUGAAUGAUGAUUCCAUGCACAAAGAGAUUCAGACAUUCUUGUCAUCACCAAAGAACAUCAAACAGAAGUUAUCUCCUGCCCACUGUUCAGCACUGGCCCACAUGCUUCUGAUGUCUGAGGACGUGCUGGAUGAGAUUGAGCUGAAGAAAUACAACACAUCAGAUGAGGGACGCAGGAGACUGCUCCCAGCUGUGAGGUGCUGCAGAAAGGCACGACUUGCUGGAUGCAAACUCUCAGAGAAGUCCUGUGGAAUUGUGGCUGCU